AUGGGCCGCCUGGAGCCUCGCUGCUUUUCCGACGCACUUGAUCGCCAGGUACGAGAUGCUGGAGGAGGCAGCGGCAAAGAAGCGGCGCCGGAACGCGCUGCUCUUCCUGCGGCUGUGAGCAUUCGCGGAAGACCCGGGCCGCCUCCUCGGCCGACGUGCUGCACUCCUGCUGCAGGUGGACAGGAACAGCGCCUGGCCUACCUGGCCAACGUCCCCGAGCCCCGCCGCUGGUGGGUGAAGCACCAGGCGGCGCGGAGGAACUGGUUGUGUCGGAGGAGGUGCUGGCUCCUGGGACGAGGAGCCUUCCGCGCGGGAGUUCAAGAUGCCCAAGCCGACGCUGCUGCGCUGGCCGACGCCCUCCGGCCCCACCUCCGCGCCCAGGACACCACCAUGCGCAGGGCCAUCACCGUCGAGGAGAGGGUGCCAUCCGGUCUGGUGGCUCUCCAGCCCGCUCCUCUACCAGAGGUGGCCCGGCGCUUCCAGAUCGGCCUCUCCACCGCCUCCGUCAUCUGCAUCGAAGUGGCCCAGGCCAUCGAGAAGGUGCUGCUCAGGAGAACCGUCCGCCUGGGAGACCACCGGCAGAUCAUGGAUGGUUUCGAGAAGCUGGGCUUCCCAAACUGCGUUGGUGCUGUUCAUGGGAUACAUAUCCCUGUGCGUGCCCCCAAGGUUGGGGGUGAGGAUUACUACAACAAAAAGCAUGGUUACUCCAUAGUACUGCAGGGGGCAACUGACCACAAUGGCAGAUUUAUCAAUAUUGAGGCAGGAUUUCCAGGUAGAAAUCAUGAAUCCUUCAUAUUCCAGCACUCGUUCUUGUGCCAAGCAAUGGAUGCAGGGGCAUUUGUCCCUGGGAACCCAACCAUCACAAUCAAUGGCGUCCAGGUGCCACCGUUGAUUAUUGCUGAUGGGGAAUACCCCAUGCGAAAGUGGCUUAUGAAGCCAUACGGUGGUACAGUUAGGUGCCAGCAACUGAAAUUCAACACUGCAUUACGUUCGGCUCACAGUGUGGUAGAAAGAGCUUUUGGCAGACUAAAGAGCCGGUGGGGGUGCCUUGGUGCAAAGCUUUCAGUGGGAGAACAACAUUUCGCUACAGUGGUGUCUGCAUGUGUGGUGCUCCAUAACAUAUGCGAGACGAGUGGAGCUGUGCUGCACACUGCCGAUGAAUCAGUGGAGGAGCUUCGCUUGCCAGCAAUGCAGGGUGAUUUCCAAAACGACAUUAAUGGUUGUAAAAAGGAGGGAGAAACAGUUAGAGCAGCUAUUGCCAGAAUGCUUGAUCAUCAAUAAAGAACAUGGACUGUCUAUUUAUUACCAUCAACAUGUGCUGUAUGUUAAUCACUUUAUUAAGAAGAUUUCCUCAUCAAAGUUUUUGCCAUACACUUCACCACAAUAACUGCAUUCUGCUGGCAUACGCAUUCCUCAAUCUGGGAAUUGCCAGUAUUCCUGCAGAAAGUGCUAAAGAACUGUUUUCCUAUGUUUGAAAUAAAUUUUUAUCAACUCAA